GUGUGGGAGGAGGUCAGGAGGGAGCUGAGUCUGGACGGAGUGAGGCCGGUCAGCCCAGACGAGGAGGCUCUGAGUGCCAUCUGUUCGACUACAGAGGACACAGCCAGCAGGACGGUAGCGGAGCAGAACAGCAUCCUGAAGCAGCAGCAAGAGGAGGACGCCAAGGAGGACCAGCUCCUCUACACCGAGAUAAAGUCUCACUGGAAACAACAGGAACUCACAGCAAAGUCGUGGGAACUUUAUGUCGCCAAGACUUCAAAUUACAACAUUCUAAAGGAAGUAAAAGAGCAGCGUGAGAAACACAUGGAAUCAUCCAGAGAAAAAUCAAAGGACAAAGGCGCUGCAUUCCAUCCUCCAGAGGUCACACACACUGCAGAGGUCUCUCUCUCACACACACACACACACACACACACACAC